UAUGAUUGGUAGUCUUCUAUACCUCACUGCUAGUAGACCUGACAUUUGCUUUAGUGUUGGAUUGUGUGCCAGGUAUCAGGCUGCCCCCAAGGAAUCACAUAUAAAAGCAGUCAAGAAUAUCAUUAAGUACAUUGGAGGUACAACAAAGUAUGGUCUAUUCUACUCUGCUGAUACGAACUUACAUCUUGCAGGUUAUUGUGACGCUGACUGGGCUAAUGAUCGAAAAAGCACCUCUGGUGGGUGUUUUUACAUAGGAUCAAACUUGGUAUCUUGGUUUUGCAAGAAACAAAACUGCAUCUCCCUUUCUACUACUGAGGCCGAGUACAUUGCCGCUGGAAGCUGCUGUUCACAGUUGGUAUGGAUGAAACAGAUUUUAUCCGAGUAUGGUAUGAACGUUCAUUCGACUCAACUUCUUU